AUGUCUGUUUAUGACACAUUUAAAUGUAUAUUGUCUAAUGAAAUGAUUGACAUUGUUCUAAGACACACGAAUAAGAAGGCAAGAAAAGUUUAUGAGGCGUAUAAUACCAAUCAUCCUUCAAAAAAACAACGUAAAUGGAUUGAUAUUACUGAACGCAAGUUUGAUGCAUUCUUGGGACUUUUUAUAACUUCUGGUGUAAAUCAAUCAAAUGCACAAAAUACAAUGCAUAUGUGGAAGACGACCUCAUAUCCAUUAUAUCGUGCAAGCAUGGGUAUAAAUCGAUUUUGGAACAUCUUGCGAUUUAUUCGUUUUGAUGACGCAAAUACACGACAAGAACGUCAGCAAAUCGAUAAAGCAGUACCCAUACGUGAUAUAUGGGCAAUGCUCAAUUCAAACUUGCAAAAAUACUACAAGCCAACUGAAAAUUUAACAGUAAACGAACAAUUAUUUCCAUAUCGCGGUCGGACUAAAUUCACGCAAUAUAUUCCAUCAAAACCUGCCAAAUAUAGAACAAAAAUUUGGUGGAUAUGCGAUGCUGAAAAUUAUUAUCCACUCACUGGACAGAUUUAUAUGGGGAAAUCAUCCACACGUCGAGAAAUAAAUCAAGGCGAAAGAGUAGUGAAAGACUUGGUCGCUCCAUACAAAGGAUCCGGACAAAACAUUACAACGAACAAUUUUUUUACAACUCUGCCACUGGCAAAACAUCUGCUGUCAUGGAAUUUAACGCUAGUAGGGACCUUGAAAAAAAAUAAACCUUAUAUUCCUCGAGAAAUGGCACCAUCUAACUCACGUGAAGUACUUUCCACAAUAUACGGAUUUCAAAACAACGUAACAAUUUGUUCCUACGUUCCGAAAAAGAAAAAAUCAGUUAUUUUACUAUCAACAAUGCAUCACGACAUCGCAACUUCUGGAGAAAAAAACAAACCUGAGAUUGUACAUUUUUAUAACAAAACAAAAUCUGGCGUAGAUGUAAUGGAUAAAUUACUUGGAGAAUAUUCAACACACAGAAAAACAAAUAGAUGGCCUCUUGCAUUGUUUUAUAAUAUACUGGAUAUUGCUGCUCUUGCUGCCUACCUCAUUUAUAUGGCAAAUAAUGAAAUGAUAAAAAAAAAUGAUGCACGCAGCACAUUUUUGCGUCAAUUGGGAAAAGAAUUAUGUCUUCCAAUAAUUCAAGAUCGAUCGCAAAACAUGCAAAUAAUGAGACACUUUGCCACGAGAUCAGGCAUCGAAUGCAUGUUACAAAAACCUGUAAAUGUUAUCGACGAAACUACUUUGCCUUCCACAUCUACAAAUGCAGUAAGGGACUCGACAGGAAGAAAGAAAGUUAUUGGUGCCUGCUAUAUAUGUAGCAGCAAAGAAAUUCGAAAACGCAGAAAAACUAGAAAAGCUUGUGUUGACUGCAAUAAACCGCCACAAGAUGAAACUGAUAUGGAUAUUGUGGAUGAUGAUUCUAAUGUAAUGGCGAAAUCUUCUGAGACUCCUGAUUCUCCUGGUUCUCCAGCUUUAUCAACUUUAUCAAGCAUAUCAAAUCAAUCAGAGGCAUCAGUUGUAUCAUUACCAAUUGUAAAAAGAAAACAAGUUACUCUUGAUGUUACUUUCCAAAAUCAAAAAUCAUUUUAUGAUGGAGGAUCAAAAACCGCUGAGUUUACCAAUAAUCUCAUUUUCAUGAUAGCUAAGGAUAACUUACCAGUUUUGCGACAGUGGAAAAAGAAGGUUUUCAAACCUUCAUGA